AUGAGCCCUGAAGAAGAUAAUGGAACAGUUGACCUGCCAAAAGGCAAAAUCGUCGGAUGCUCGUGGCAGGUGAUCAAGAAGCUGGGCGAAGGCGGCUGCGGUAGUGUGUAUUUGGUGAAGUCGCUCGAUGAUGAUUCGGAGGCGGCGAUGAAGGUCGAAUCGAAUUUCGCCACCGGCGGAUGUGUGCUGAAACUCGAGGUGGCGAUUCUGAAGCGGCUCGCCGGCAAACCGCACGUCGCCCAACUCAUGUGCGCCGCCCGCGUCACCCAAUACAGCUAUAUGGUGAUGACCUUAUUAGGAGACAGUUUGAAUCGAAUUUACAGAAAAAUGGGCCGCGCGUGCACCGUGUCGACACAAGCCCGAAUCGGCGCCAAUAUAUUGUUUUGUCUCAAGCAAAUUCACGAUAUCGGCUUCAUCCAUCGGGAUUUGAAGCCGGCGAAUGUGGCGCUCGGACAACGCGACACCGGCGAGGCGCGCUUCUUCCACGUGUUGGACUUUGGACUCGCCCGACAAUACGUGGUGGCGCACAGCGACGCGCCGAAUAAGCUCGUGAUGAGGCGGCCGCGAGAUCGGGCGCUGUUUCGCGGCACGACGCGCUAUUGCUCGAUUCGAAUGCACGAUCGAUCCGAGCAGGGACGCGUCGACGAUCUCUGGAGUAUGAUUUACAUGCUCGCCGAGUUGCGCGGCCCGUUGCCGUGGGCGCAACAGACCGAUAAGCGCGUCGUCGGCGAGCUGAAACGAAUGCACACGGAUGAGUUCGUCCUUCAGAAUAGUCCGCUCGAGCUUCUCGAAAUCGCCAAACAUUUGAGAACUCUCACCUAUUUCCAUCGGCCCGAUUAUCAUCGAAUUUUUUUGUUGUUUCUCACAAUUAUGGAAAAGGGCAAAUUCAAAUGGGACGAUCCGUUCGAUUGGGAGAACAUCACGCGAGUGUCGAGCGCCAACAAGCAGUCGCCGAAGCCGAGUAGGCGGAAGCCAGGAAAUCGGAGUGUUGGACGUAGUCGCGAGGUGGUGAAUAUGUCGCGCGAGCGGAGUCGAAUGAGCCGCGAAGUUGUCGGCAGCAAGGAAUCGACGAAUAUGAGCCGCGAGUCGAUGACGCCGAGUCGCGAGUCGGCGCCCAUGAGCCGAGAGAAUAUCAACAAUACGAAGCUGUCCAAAGAAGUGGUGGCGAAUGGCACCGAAGACCAAAUGCGAGUGUUGCCAUUCAAUCCGGAAUUCUUUCAAGAAUCGCCGAUCGGCUUCUAA